AUGGCGUCUACAACAACUUUACCGCCUAUUACCUCGCUACCCACCGCCGAUGAUGAAAUCAUAAAAUCCGCUCUCGACGCUCUCUUUGAACCAUCCGCAGAUCUCCACGACUUAGCGAUACCAUCGAUCCACGACAGUCCUCCAUUUUCGUCGUACGAGUCUCUCGUUAAGCAUGUUGGAGCCAUUCUGUCGCAGCUCGCGCAAUCCUCGAGUUCAGAUGCGCGGGAGAAGCUCCAUGGGGUCUUAGGUUCGCACCCGCGCUUAGGCGAGAAGAAAGUCGAGAGCGCCCAGAGUCGUGCUGAACAGGCGCAUCUCAACACGGGCAAUUCCAAGGAUAAGGAAGAAGAGGCUACGAAGCUUAAGGCCCUGAACGAUGAAUACGAAUCCAAGUUUCCCGGGUUGCGGUACGUUGUGUUUGUGAACGGUCGGAGCCGAGCGGUUGUCAUGCAGAAUAUGCGGGAACGUAUCGAUCGUGGUGAUAUCCGGGCUGAAGAACUAGAAGCUAUCCAGGCGAUGGUCGACAUUGCUCUAGAUCGAGCGAACAAGCUGCAGGGCGCUAUCUAA